AUGCCAAAAGAAGAACAUUUUGAACGAUAUACACCACAAUUUCCUUUAUCUAAUGAUAUUACAGAUAUGUCUGAACAAGAUACUCUUUGCAAAUUUUGUGGUGUUUCAUAUUUGAUUCAUAAUGAAAUAAAAACACUUGAAGCAAAAUGUCAAAAACUUGAAACAGAAUUAGCUUAUCAUACUGGUAAAAAAUCACGUGAAACGAAUUUAAAACAAACAUCACAAACUGAACAGACACGUAUUUCUGAUCUUGAAUCAAUAAAUGCUAUAAAUACUCAUAAACUCAAUGAAAUGUCAAGAAAACUUCAAUUAUUACAAGAUCAAUUAGAAGAAUCAGAAAAUGCUCAUAAAAAAACUAAAUCUUCUAUUUCAAAAUAUUCAUCUAAUCUUCGAGUUACACAUAAUCAAAUACAAAAUAUUCGAAAAGAAUAUUUACUUCUACAAGAUUCCUAUUCAAAAGAUAUUCAAAAUUGGAAAACAUAUUUACAAACUACUGAAAAUACAUUACAAAAAGAAUUGCAAACAAGUAUGACUAAAUUUACAAAACAAAUAAAUGAUCAACAAACUGAAACGGAACAAUAUAAACAACAGCUCAAAACACAAAUUGAUCUCGAAUCUGCUCAUAAAGAAAUAAAAAUUCAUCAGGAUGAAUUAUCUCGUUUACAUAAACAAAUUUUACAAUAUGAACAAACUCAAACACAAUUACAAAAUGCAUUGCAGCAAAGUAAACAAUAUUCUCAUGAAUUAGAACAACAAUUAUCCGAUAAAAAUGGUGCACAAAAAGAUAUUGAUCAAUAUCGACAACAACUUACAAUUGAAAAAGAACUUCGAUUAAAAAAUGAGACAGAAUUAGAAAAUCUACGUUCAAAACUUCUUCAAUUAACAACUGAAUAUGAACAAUUAAAUUCAAUGAAAACAGAAUUUCAAAUAAAUGAAUCAAAUACUCGACGAAAAAUCGAUGAAACGAAUCGAUCACGACAAGCUAUUCUCGAUCGUACACGUGAUGAAUAUGAAAAACUCUUACGAAAAUAUACUGAUCUUGAUGAAGUCUAUCGUGAACUUGUUCCUCUACGAGAAAAAGAUACUUUAGAAUUAAAAAAAAAUCGUUCUGAACUUCAACGUCUACAUAAUGAAAAUGUUGAAUUAACUAAACAACAAGAAACAUUACAUAUUACACAGGAUAUACAAAUAAAAAAACUUCAUGAUAGUUAUUCAAAUAAAUUACGUGAAGCUGAACAAUGGCCUGAUCGUCUUCAAUUAGAAUUAAAACGUGAACGUGAACAACAUCGUACACAAAUGAAUGAAUUCGAACGUCGUCUAAAAGAAAAUUUUGUUACCGAAUUAAAUAUUGAAAAACAAAAAUAUGAUGGACUUUUACGUAAAUAUGAACAUGAACGGGGUUCUUCAAAUGAACAAUUACGUCAUGAAUUAAUAUCAACUGAAAAAGUCACUAUGGAACACCGACGUUAUUAUACAAAACAAAUUGAACAACUUGAAAAAGAAAAAGAUAAUUUAAAAAAAGAAUUAGAUAAAUUAAGAGAUCUUGUAAAAGAAUUACAUGAACAAAUUAAAAAACAAGAAUCAAUGGAUAAAGAUCAUGUGAAUAAUUUAAAAUUAAAAGAAGAUUUAUUGAAUAAAGAAACAAAUCUAUUUCAAGCACAAUCAACAAUAAAUGAAUUAAAAAAAGAUAUAAAACAAGCACAAGAAGAAAUGAUGACUUUACAAGAAACUGUUCAUAGAGAAUGUACAGAACGUGAACAGCUGAAAGAUGCAUUAAUUGCAGCUCGUCAACAACUACUUGCAUUGAAGAAAAACGGUGUUCUUAAUGGAAAUGUAUCUCGAUCACUACAUUCUCCACCUAUAGCUUUUGAAGAAAUUGAAAAACGUGUAACUGCACCUAUUCCAUAUUCGCAAAAUCAACGACCUACUAAUAUGCAUCCUUUUACUCAGUCAGAACCAACAGCUUAUAAUAAUAGUCUUCCUGAUGAUGGUGCUAUUGCUGAUUUAACAGCUCGACCAAUAUCUGCAUCUCAGAAUAUUCAAAAUCCUUAUAAACCUCUUCCACCUAUUUAUUCUCAACGACAGAAACAACGUCGAAAUAAACAAAUUUUAUUAUCAAAUAAAACAGAUCAUUUACUUCAAAAUCAACGACGUAUUGUUCGAUUUAUUCGACAGAUGAAAUAA